CAGCUUCGGAAAUCAGGAAGAACACUAUCUCUCUUGCUGGUUAAUAAAAUUCCCAAAAAAAUUUCUCUUCAAUUUCUACCGUUAAAUCCCUAAUCAAAAGAUUUCUCCCUCCCAAUCUUCUUCUUGCUCUUGAAUUUCCUUCAAAAUUCCUUCAAUUUCCGCAAAAAUGGGCAAAAACCAAACCUACAAAGCUAUGCAGAGGGCGAAGCUUGGCUCCACCUCUGCAGGCCCCGAAGAGAUCGAUGAUGGCAUGGUGGAUGGUUCUUUUCAUUCACCAGAGUGGCAUGCUGCCCGAUUGGCCAGCCUUAAAACCUCCCACACUGUUACCUGGGAAGAAUUCAAAAGGAAACAAAAGGAAGAUGCAAUGAAAAAGGGGGCAUUGGAAGCAGAUACAGAUAGAAUGAUGCGGGAGUAUAGAGCUCAACUAGAUGCUGAAAGGGCACGCAAGCUUGCCCAGGGUAGGAACCACUCUAGUAGUAAGUCUAGCAAAAAGGACAAGAAAGAGAAAGAUUCAAAGAGACGCAGCAGCAAAAAGAGAAAGCAUUCAAGGCGUAGGUCUUCUGACUCUAGCUCCUCUAGUUCAUCCUCAGAAUCUUCAAGUUCCGAUGAUGAAGGGAGAGAGUCUAAACGAUCGAAGUCCAGGUCCAAGAGAGAUAAGAAAAAGAAGCACAGAUCAAGAAAUAAGAAUUCAAGCAGUGAUAAUGAAGAAACUGAUGGUCCAGUUCCACUUUCAAGAUUUUUUGGGAGCGUGAAGAGUUAAUGCCUUCCUCAACAAUAAUGUCAAAUGUAUUUGUUGUGCACUCAUAGUUCCUGGAUAGAUUAAUUUUUCCUCUUCAAUUUUAAUUUAAAGAGCUUGUAACAAAAUACAAUUUGUCUUUCCAUAUCCUUCAAUUCCGUUUCUGUUUCAGUAUUUGUAUUGCGAGUGGAAAAGAACUCAUUCAGUUGGAUAAAAUUAUGUCAUAUGA